ACGCGUUUCGGUUUGUUUUGGUUCGGGAGUUCCGAAAAUUGUGCGGUUCAAUUAUUUGCGUUUUUAUACUAGAAAAGUCGAUUAAAAAUGUUCCGUGGUUUGACCGGAGCCCUUUCCGGCUUAUCCCUUUUCUCGGCGGGUCAAAUUUUCAGUCAACAGACACGGAACACUUUCAUCCUCAAGCGUCGCACGCCACCGAAGCUAUACAAGAAAAACCAAAAACCGGAAAAACUUAAAGGUCGUCACUUUGUGUACGAACUCGUCGAGGACACCACCAUAAAAAAGAAACCCAAUCUGGAGGUGGUUCUCACCGCAUUCGUUGAAGGUAUCGGGUCCAAGGGUGAUGUGGUUUCCCUAAAACCAAACGAAGCCUAUAACAAACUGCUUCUCCCAGGCUUGGCAGUUUACAAAACUCCGGAAGCCAUUGCCAAGUAUGCCACUGAAAAGGACGUACAGGAGGAGCAACUUCACAGCUCCGCUCAGGCUGCUAGGACCGUUAGCAAAAUAGAGGAAACCAUCCUGGCGGUGGUGAUGAACAAAGAUCAGCCGUGGGUGAUCGAGCGGUGGCACAUUAAGGUGGCAUUACGCAAAGCCGGCAUUUACGUGCCGGAAGACGCGAUCACCCUGCCGGAAACCCCAAUAACCGGACCCGAUCUACUGAAGCAAAAUAAAGAAUUCAUCUGCACGGUCACAGUAAACAACCUAGAGCAGGCCAGACUUCGCUGCCGGAUCCAUCACUGGAGUACGGAUCCCAGUGAGCGGUUGCCGUACGUGUUUGAGCACUGGAAGAAUCAGGCGGAGCCGCUUUUCGGGAAUGAUUCCGCUCCGCAGCCCAAAACUAGUCCGGCUUCUUAAGUGGUGAGUUGCGUUUUUUCUCUUUAGUAGUUUAUGGUUGAAUUAAAAAAAAUACAC